GCUUCUUUUUCCAAGUCUUCCUUUCUCUCUCUCUCCUCCUUCCUUCCUUCUGAUUCAGUGUGUGUGAGAGAGAGAUGGCCGUCUGCUGUUGCCGUUAGGGUUAGGGUUUUCUGAGCUGUGAGAGAAAGGGAGAGAGAGAUAGAGAUGAAUCGUCCUCCGAGAAGGCGACUCGGGGGAAACCUAACGCCGUCGGUCUGGUCGUUCCUUGUCCUACUGCUGCUGCUUCUUUUUCCCUGCCGGGGGCUAGCUGGAUCCGGCUGGCGUCGCGGCGAUGUUGUCGCCCUCCUGCGCCUCAAGGCCUCCCUCGACGACCCUGCGGGGAUACUAUCCAGCUGGAGCCCCUUGGAUGCCGAUGCCUGCGCCUGGUUCGGCGUCUCCUGCAACUCAGCUCGUCGAGUCAUCUCGCUGAACCUGACAGCUGGAGGAGGUAAGUCUUCUGGUCCCGUUGACUCUUGCUCGGCUCCGUUGGCGCGACCCCCGGUAUCAGGUGCUAAGCUUGCAGGAAAGGUUUCGCCGUCCGUCGGGAGCCUCACUGAGCUCAGGGUUCUGUCUUUUGCCUUCAACGACCUCUCUGGCGGGAUUCCACGGGAAAUCGGUGCCCUCCACCAGCUGGAGGUGCUUGAUCUCAGCUUCAAUCGGCUCUCUGGACCUAUUCCUAGUGAGAUUUCGAGCUGCGUAGGGUUGAAUUACGUCAAUUUGGCGGGGAAUAAGCUUAACGGAACGAUACCAGGGUCCCUGGGGUCCUUGCCGCGGUUAAGGGGGUUGUUUCUGGAGUUCAAUCGGUUUUCUGGAUCGAUUCCGGAAGAUCUGGGACGCAGUUGUGGGUACCUUGAGCGGCUUCAUCUUGCUGGAAACCGGUUAUCUGGCAGUAUUUCAGCGACACUAGGAAAUUGCCGGAAUCUGCGGUCGUUGUUGUUGUUCUCCAACAGUUUGGACGGCCCAAUUCCACCGGAACUGGGAAGGAUCUCUGCGCUUGAAACCCUGGACGUUUCAAGGAACAGCCUUAGCGGGCCAGUACCAUCAGAGCUUGGGAACUGCCUCCAACUGUCGAUCCUCGUCUUGACAAACGCCUACGAGUUACCAUCGCUCAACUCCUCUGUUUAUUCAGAUCUGGAGGAUGAUGACAAAGGAGAGUUCAAUUUCUUUGAAGGGGAAAUUCCCACCAACAUCACGUCGCUUCCUAAGCUUAAGAUCCUAUGGGCGCCUAACGCAAACUUGGUGGGCAGCAUCCCUUCCCAAUGGGGUGAUUGCAGCAGCUUGGAAAUAGUGAAUUUUGCACAGAAUCUCUUCAUUGGUGGCAUCCCUGCAGCUUUUGGGGACUGCAAGAAAAUGGUUUUUCUUGAUUUGAGCUCGAACCGAUUGACUGGCGGUCUCAGCGAUAGGCUUCCUCUGCCAUGUAUGGCUGGGUUUAAUGUCAGUAGGAAUCUACUGUCGGGUUCCGUGCCAAGGUUUAUCGAUGGUGGAUGUUCAAGUAAUUUAAGAGCAGCAAGCACGCAUGAUCCAUUUGAUUUUGGUUCUAUUUAUUCGUCAUUCUUUACUUGCAGUGCUUUGGUUGCUAGCUUGCUUCCUGCAAUUGGGGCGGACUAUGGUACUCUAUUUCAUGAUUUUACAGGAAAUAAUUUUAGUGGUGACAUUCCUUCUGUCCGGCUUGCCGUGGAUAGGUUGGGAAGGCUCCCAGUGUAUGCAUUUUUGGUUAGUGGUAAUCGUUUCAAUGGAUCGAUUUCUGCUGACUUAUUUGAGAUGUGCAAAGACCUCAGAGGGUUUAUUGUCAACUUUAGUGACAACCAAUUAUCUGGUGGUCUUCCUGCUGAAAUUGCUGGUUGGUGCAGCUCCCUCAGGGCAUUGGAUAUGUCCGGUAAUUCACUUGCAGGGGAAAUACCGUCCAGUUUUGGGAAUUUGAGUUCUUUAAUUAGCCUUGAUCUGAGCAGUAACAAGCUGACUGGUUCGAUUCCCAUGGAAUUGGGUCAUCUGAAGAAUUUGCAGUACCUCUCACUGGCAAGAAACAACUUGACUGGCAGAAUUCCCCCGGACAUUGCUCUGUUGCCGUUGCUGAGGGUCUUGGCACUUGAUUCUAAUGGCUUGUCAGGAGAGAUUCCCUGGCAGAUAACAAAAUUGAGGAAUUUGACUGUUCUUUUACUCGAUAAGAACAACCUCUCGGGCCAGAUACCUUCUGAUUUUGCUGAAGCGACUAGCCUUAUGUCAUUUAAUGUGUCCUUCAAUAACCUCUCUGGACCUGUACCAGUCAAUUUUAGUGCGAUUAAGUGUGACAGCAUUAUCGGAGACCCUCAUCUCAAGCAGUGCCAAAUUUCCCUAGUUGAAUUGGCAUCAACCCCUUCUGCUCAGCAGGGGCAAGGUGGGAGCCCAACAGAUUCUGCUUCUCCUCCAGUAAGUCCGUCCACUGGUUUUAGUCCUAUAGAGAUUGCAUCCAUUACAUCUGCAUCAGCUAUAGUUUUUGUUCUUUUGGUUCUUGUUCUUGUUCUUUUCUAUACAAGGAGGCGUGCGUCUAGGGCAGUUGGUCAGGUGCCUGGUAGAAGGGAAGUUGUCACUUUCUCGAACAUUGGAGUGACACUAACCUUCGAGAAUGUUGUGCGGGCGACUGGUGGUUUUAAUCCAAGCAAUUGCAUAGGUAAUGGGGGUUUUGGAGCUACAUACAAGGCCGAGAUCUCCCCAGGUGUCCUGGUUGCCAUAAAGAGGCUCUCUGUUGGGAGGUUUCAAGGUGUCCAACAGUUUGAAGCUGAGAUCAAGACCCUUGGAAGAGCACGACACCCAAAUUUGGUCACCUUAAUUGGUUUUCAUGCCAGCGAGACAGAGAUGUUUCUUAUAUACAAUUAUUUGCCGGGAGGUAAUCUAGAGAAAUUUAUCCAGGAGAGGUCUAAGAGAGCGGUAGAUUGGAGGAUGCUUCACAAGAUCGCUCUGGACAUUGCCCGAGCUCUCGCAUACUUGCACGACGAGUGUGUUCCUCGUGUUCUUCAUCGAGAUAUCAAGCCCAGCAAUAUACUUUUGGAUAACAAUUACACAGCUUAUCUUUCAGAUUUUGGGUUGGCUAGAUUACUGGGCACUUCUGAAACGCAUGCGACAACUGAUGUGGCCGGAACUUUUGGAUAUGUUGCUCCAGAAUAUGCCCUGACUUGCCGAGUUUCGGAUAAGGCUGAUGUUUAUAGCUAUGGUGUGGUGCUGAUGGAGUUGCUUUCUGAUAAGAAAGCGUUAGACCCAUCAUUUUCCUCCUAUGGGAAUGGGUUCAAUAUUGUUCAAUGGGCCUGCAUGGUUCUCAGGCACGGGAGGGCUCGCGAGUUUUUCACGGCGGGCCUUUGGGACGUAGGCCCCCAUGAUGAUUUAGUAGAGGUAUUGCACUUGGCUGUCAUGUGUACAGUUGAUUCCCUCUCAAUUCGGCCUACAAUGAAGCAAGUUGUCCAACGGUUGAAGCAACUUCAACUUCCCGCAUCCUAGGAAAUAGGUCCAAGUUUAACGGAUUCAACUUGUGCAGAAGAUGCCAGAGCUGUAUAUUCCCGGCCUCCACUGGAGCUUCUCAGAUUUUUGUCUGUGCUCUCUUUCCAUUAAAGGAUGUAAUAUGCAAGGAGUUUUCGUGUAAUCGACUGCUUUUUGUCCUAUAGUGUGCACUGAUGUUCACGUAGGAUUCCAAUGGUUUGUGAAAUAAACCACAAUUCUAACUUGUACUGUAAAUAAACUUCUUUGCUUAUUUA